AUGCAGGAUGACCAAUCCUGGAAUUCCACCUGGAGAUCAAUCCCCGACCUCGGUCUUGUCUGGCUUGGACACAUUCGACAUAGUAUGAAUCCCAAUCCACAGCGAAACUCGUGCGAAGCAUGCCGGUCACGGAAGCUCAGAUGCUCAGGUGAAAAGAGCGGCUGCUCUCGCUGCCGUGGCUUAACAUUGACUUGUAAAUUCAAAGAGAAAGGAGUCCCUGGAAGGCCGAGAAAGCGCGUGCGACAGGAGCCAGACUGCGAUUUGCCGAACGGAGAGGAGCGAAUAGGAUCGUCAACCUCCUCUCAUUUCUCGUCCACUGUAUCAGAGGCGACUUUACAUCCUCAUGAUCCCGUCAAUAUGCCAAUGGGUGCCGGUGAGUUCGACUCAUUACCGUAUGAGCUGUCUGGGAACUGCGGAUUCCAUUCCUCUCACUGGCAAAUGCUUGGGAACGGCGAUAUUUGUUCCUUUCCUAUAGAGUUGGUACAAGCAUCACGUCAGACCGGAUUGCACGGACCCGAGAUACCACCAAUAUCAUUAGACGCAUACGUUUUUCCGAUGUCGUUCUCACAGUCUUGUAAAUGCGACGAAGAAGUUUCCGAUCUAGUUCGGAACUUGAGCCGCGCGAAUAUGUCACACGAUAUUGUCCCGAUGCUUCGCACAGGAGUGUUCCUCGCAGAGAAACUAUUAGUCUGUUCUAUGUGCUACGAUGUGUCCAAACCGCCUCGAUUGACGGUUCAAAAUGUGCUCCUCAUCGGUCAGCUCAUGUUUGAAAUAACAUCCGGCUACCAAAAGUACCUCCACUGGCUGAAUAAACACUGUACUGAGCUCGAUGUCAGGAACGAGACGAGAACCGUCUAUCUUGACUCUGGGCAUGGAAUCCCGUCAGAAUUCAAUUUGCAAAUUAGCGGCGAGAAACUCAAAGACCUCGUUGUGCACGGCCUCCAGACGGAUACCGAACGGCUGUUGGUGCUGGGCAAAAGGUUUGCGCAGCGACAACGCAGUCGCCAUAUGGCGGGCCAUGAAGCUUGCCCCAGUUCUGAAGGUCAUUGUCGGAGGAAGGAGGAUGCUGUUGAUCAUGACCCGCUCGAUCUCUGCCCACAUGAUCCGGUAGCGCGGAAGUUGGUGCCUUGUUUCCGUAUCGUUGAUGAGGUUCGCGGGAUGAUCAAGCAAGUUGCAGAUGCCGUUGUAUGA